CACCCACCAGCGCAUUGUCCGCCUCCGCCCGCCUUCACUCACCGUCCUACAGCCUCAGUAUCUGCUUACGUCACAAUGGCGGAGAACUCGCAACCACCCCAGAGCGCGGACGUUGAGAUGGACAACGAGCUGGACGCGACCAUCGACGCUGAUAUCAAACCCGAGCCGACCCAACCUGACGCCAUGAACCUCGACGGCGCAAAUGACGCCGAGGCGCCCGCAAGAAAUGGAGUCGCAGAGAUCCCGCUAGAAGCGCGGAUCCCGGCAAAGAAAGAUGCCACCCUGCGCGAGUUCCUAUCCAAGAUGGACGACUAUGCGCCGAUAAUACCAGACGCAGUCACAAACUAUUACUUGACAAAAGCAGGCCUACCACCGCCGCCACAGACCUCUCCGCACCUCGCCCGUCUCCUUGCUCUCGCGACACAGAAGUUCAUAGCCGACAUCGCCGCCGACGCAUACCAAUACUCCCGCAUUCGCGCUUCCAACACUACGAGUAAUAAUCCUAUGGGCGGAUUAGCGGGCGGAUCAGGACCGCAAGGAGCAGCUGCGCCAGGUGGAGCACAAGGCGCCAAGGACAUCGCCAAAGCAAAGGAUCUCGCCCUCGGCGCGCCGAGGCCAGGCUAUGGUGGCGGUGGACAGGGUGGCAGUCAAGGGCGGACUGUGCUUACGAUGGAGGAUCUGGGUAUGGCCGUGGGCGAAUACGGAGUCAACAUCAAGCGGGGAGAGUUCUAUCGAUAAGGGAUCAUCUCCCACGUCACACGAGCGCCAAAACACGGCGAGCAUACCACCCAGGACCGGGGCCACUAGACACGCUGCGCAGCACAUUUGACCACGCAAUUGAUUAGGACAACCAGCAUCUCGACGGGUGCAUAGUAGAGCAUACAAAGCUUACAAAAUUCCCAUCACGCUUCAAGGGAACAUCCAUCUCAGGCGGCAACUUUGACAGAGGAGUAAUUCCGGUCUCGGCUUCCUUCUAGCAUCAUUGGCGUUGGGUUCAAAGUCUUUGGAAGGACGGCUUGCGCAGUGCAUGCCUAUCGAAUUUGUACAAUAAAAGUACAGCAAUUGAGGCUAGAAAGACCUCCAAAUGAUACCCUAACUCCU